AUGGUACGUGUCCUAUUUUUGACGUUCAUUUAUUUGCUUUCGGUCGGGGCAGCCAAGCUCUGUCAAAACGAAACCAACGGCACCUCUCUAAGCCUGUAUUUCAGUGGCAUAGCCGACUUGAUCCUACACGGUUACGGAUACCGGACAUUGGCGGGUAUUUCGGUGAUCCGUUGCGGCAAUUUGUGUCUGUCUGAUACUCGAUGUUUCUCCAUCAACUACUCCGAGCGGGAUAAGGUGUGUGAGCUGAACGGGGCUACAGCGUCGCAGUACCCGACGGCUAUGGUGGAGUGGGGUAGUAGCUACUACUAUGGACCAGAGGAGUUUUUCGCUCUUCUCAGUACUGCAGCACCGACUACAACAGAGUUUCAACCAAUCGACUGCUGGGACAUUCAAACUAAUUCACCCUUAAGCAUCAGCGGUGAGUACACUGUGUACCCAGCGAGGCGGACUGGAUCUUUGCAAGUCUACUGUGAUAUGGAUUCAGAUGAGGGGGGUUGGACGGUCUUUCAGAGGCGUGUGGACAAUUCGCAAGACUUCGACUUGACCUGGGCGGAAUACAAAGCAGGGUUCGGUGACCUCACAAGAAACUUCUGGUUGGGUAACGACGCCCUCAACGAGCUAACAUCAGACCGGGUUUAUCAGUUACGGAUUGAGAUGCAAUCGUUUUCACUGGUCAGCAUGGCCGUCAAAUAUGGACACUUCAGAGUGGACACGGAGAGUAACCUGUAUAGGUUGGACAUCGGUACAUUCUAUGGAUCAUAUGAUGCAGGUGACUCCUUGGGCCAAACCAAUAGUCAACCUUUCUCCACGAAGGAUCGGGACAAUGACGAUGACUUCAGACACUGUGCCCAGACCUACUUAGGCCCCUGGUGGUACAAAGCAUGUAUAUAUGCCUGCUUGAACUGCCCAUACAUCAACACAGAUUAUGUACCUUAUGUUGGGCAGGGUGUGGUCUGGGGCGCGUGGCUAGAUCUUUACCACUCAAUGAAGUUCGCAGAGAUGAAAAUCAGACCCGUGGAAGCUAUGAAAGGGAAAGACUGCUACGAUUUAUUAAUGAUGGGUGAGACAAUCAGUGGGGUGUACAACAUCAAUGUUGAAGGUCGAGAUCAACCACUCUCAGUGUACUGUGAAAUGGUAAAUGCUGGUGGCGGUUGGACGGUGUUCCAACGUCGAGUUGAUGGUUCCCAAGACUUUUACUUGUCCUGGGCGGACUACAAAGCAGGGUUUGGCGACCUCACCAGAGAGUUUUGGUUAGGCAAUGACGACCUACACCUGUUGUCUAAUCAGCGUCGCUAUGAGCUCAUUGUUAUCGUCAAAGAUUGGGGUGGCAAUCCUCUAUACGCACUUUACGAUGAAUUCUCUAUUACGGACGAAGGUGAUUUGUACCGACUCUCUGUCGGGUCUUACACUGGAACAGCUGGUGAUUCUUUAACGACAAUUCAUCACGGAAUGGCAUGGUCAACCCACGACAGGGACAACGAUUUGGAUAGUGGCAGGCAAUGUGCACAAACAAUGCUAGGUGCCUGGUGGUAUAACGCGUGUGAUAUGAGUAACCUGAACGGAGUAUACGUCCCGUAUCCAGGGUCGGUGGCCAUCACCGGUCAGGGAGUCAUAUGGGGUACCGCGGGCUACCAAAGUCAAACAGAAAUGAGGAUAAGACCGGCAGAAGUUGGAUUUUAG